AAAACUCCUCCGAAAAAGAAAAAGAAACCCAAAUCACUGGUUAAUAAAUUACCGACUGUUAAAGAUACCAUGGCCAUCAUUAAUGCCAAAUCUGCAGAAUCUUCAGAUACAUGGAACGAAAGAUCCUCAACUCCAACUGAGCAAAUAAUCUUAGGGGCAGAAUUAAACGUAGCAAAGCAGGAGCUGAACUAUCACCAGGACACCAUGCAGUAUGAGAAAAAACAUUACUCAGUUUCAAUCUUAAGUUCUGAAGUAAUCAGAAUGGAAACUGGUUUACCAACAAAGGAGAUUUUCACAAUUGUAGUAACUACCUUGUUACCAGUUAAAAACAAAUAA